AUGGCAACGACAAGCGCCAUUAGCUCACAGAGUUCAGAACACUUCAACACUGUGAGCUCAAGCACUGCAGACGCAACCACUUCUUCCUACGUUGUGGUUGACACACCAAAUUUGACAAAGGAUGGAGCUCAACCAUCACAACCCGCCCUUACGUCAGUGCCCGGUAUAUCAGCCAACGGUAGUCGCGGGGGAAUCACGGCGUCAGAGACUACCACAAGUACGAGUCAUGCGUUACGUAGCGGACGGGCUACGACGAAUCUGGUCGCGGAUGUACGUGGUGCUGGUCGCGGUAGUAACUCCGUCCGUGGAACAGGGGGUGCUGGAGGAAAUGGAGAUGGUAGACCUGGGACCAGCGGACAAAGCGGAGCAAGCGGAAGAGACAACACUCCACCAGCGCCACCACCAGAGGACGACCCGAGUCCACCACCGGCGCCACCUACGCCACAGAACAAUGAGGGUGGUGACAGGUCGGGUCCUGCACAUGGGAUUGAUGGUCCGAAAGUGAGGGCAGCGAAACUUGCAGCAUCGGCAGCGGAGGUGCUGGCAAUCAUACAGCGCAUGUUCCUGGAUCCAAUACCGAACCCAGUACCAAUAGGAGGUUCGUAUAUGCCAAGCGGUACGGAAGUGCUUCGAUGUAAAAUUGACGAAGACUUUAACAAAUAUAGUCCGGUAAUGUGGGCUGACCCUCUGAUUGUGACAUCGAUAACUGUGGAUGCGGAUGAGCAAACGAUCGACUGGCUGCCGGCGAUAGGUGUUGAUGUCAACAACUCAGUGACGAUGGCGUUGCCAAAUCUUGUGCUGUCUGCCCUUGGUGUUCAGCUUAAAGCAAUAGUUGACGCUGACAUAUCACAAACUGGUGCGAUAAGGGCAAUGAUUCCUAUACCGGGACUGAAAGAUCAGAAGUCUGUUGCAACUAUAAUGCACAUCGGAGAUGUGGAGUCAGUGCCUCUCUUGGACGAAGCUGCCAUUGUGCGUCUGAUGUUGUUUCAAGCUGCAACUAUGGACCCAUCAAAACAAGUUUACGUCUCGACAGCUGUGAACGAAAUCAGCUUAAACACGUAUGUGAAGAGAGAAUCAAGUGAACUAAAAUGGACACCCGCCUUGACAUCAUCGGACAAUCUGCAGAUCGGUACAGCCACGGAAACCAGCACGCUGUACUUCAGAACGAUCGACGAAUAUGCAGCAUUGAUAGCAGAUGGAGCAACGGAUGAUAUUGCGAUAAAGACUAAAUCUAAGGCUGUGGUGGACAAAUCUAACGUGAUAUUCAUACCCGUCAAGUCAUCCUGGCGUGGGCAAGCGUGGUUACUGCCCUACAUCAUGAGUUUCACGACAACAACAUGGUGGAAUCAUGCUAUCAGGGUGUCUGUACAGUACACACCGCUGGGGGACCAGAAAACCGAGGGCAAAUCGAUGAAGAUGGAUUUCAUGCCGAAAGCAGCAACAGUGUACAUACCCGGAAACUAUGCAAGGAUAUGUUUGGUUGUCAUCGACUCAACGUCUGCCACAUUCCCAUCAGCCCAGCCAUAUUCGGUGUGCAAAGGAAUAACGGCUACACGUGCGGGUGAAUUUGACUUCGCGAAAAAACUAUUUGCUGCAAUGGGCAGAGUGAACGAUGCAUCGGUAAGACCCAUGGGACCUUCAGAUGUUGUGCAGGCACUGAACAGAAUGAUUGAGUUCAUGUGCACACGCACAGAGGCAAGGGUUAUGCAAGUCAAAGCAGCGGUCCUUGCCACGUCGAAGAUGAACGGGAUGGGGGUUUACCCAUCUCCUGAUGUCCCUCCAAAGCAGGGCGAAAGACAGAGAGACCACAUUCGUGGAGUUUCACAAUUUAACUCCAAAGACGUCAUAUCUGUCGGCGAUUUUGCGGCCACGGAUUUGGCAGGAAUGAAGAGUGAGUCACGCCUCAGCCACAUCAAAGCGUUUCAGUCAUGGAGGACAGACCCUCUGGGUUACAUGGCAUAUGGACAAGUCAAUUGCAAGAAAGACGCAGCACACUACCCGGCUAUAUGGAAAUACACAGCAGGGUGUAUACAAUACCAGCUAACCGCAAGCACGGCGAAUAUGCGCAUACUUAGAUUGUGUGGCGUGUACAUGCAAGACCCUGAGUGCGACAGACACGUAUUGCAGGAGCCUGUAGAUGUGUACAAUACAACCCUUGCUUAUGGUGCACUGAUACUGGGUCUCACAAACUGGGCUGCCAUGGAAUUAGGCGUUACGAUCCUGGAACACAAUCGACUAGGACGUCGUUGGCGGUCACUUCCAUCCGAUUAUCUAGAUCUGUGGCCAUUACUAACGAACGGUUUCGUCGUUCAGACAUCUGAGCACACAGAUAGGCUCGUUGACGAGGUUGACUGGCAACAUAGAUGGGGAUGGCUGAUGAACCAGUGGAAGGAUGGCGCUGACGUGAACUCCACAUGGUUAGACACCCAUUAUAGCUGGAAUGUACCUUGGUGGUUUGUGGCUGCGGUCGCGGAAAAGUUUGGUCACAAGUUCACCUGCGGAACAACGUCUAACGGAGAAUUAAUUAUGGAUGAGGACUUCGCCAACUCGGACAACAUGUUAGGAUGGCUGAUAGAGCCGUCGAAAAGUACACAAUUCGAUCUGAGCAUGUUGACAUUCACGACACAGUACGAGAUUCGUGUCCGUAGGAGCAAACCUGCCUACUUCGACAUACUGACACCUGAUAGCAGAGGGAAGGGCGAAGCGUACAAUAUGCUAUCUUGGAACCCGUACUUCUUGCAGGACACGAAGAAACUCCAGUACCGAACAAGGGGUUUGGUAUCAGUGCCAGACUACAAAGGUAUCGUCGAACUGAACAUUGUCGUGUUCCCGAGCGCUCGUAUCGGGAAAAUGAAGACUUGUCCACGUGCAUUUGUGUCAGCGGACAACCGCCUGGAUGGAUCACAGCCGGAAACAUAUCCUUACAUCUCAGGCGGAUUGAGACUACCAGACCCUUGGCUGGACUGGUUGCUGAAGGGGGGCAUAGCGGUGAUUCCUCGUCUACUGGUUGGAGACUACAUCGGUGCAAUAAAUGUCUUACCUAACUACAUCCAAGGGAAAGAAACUGAGAGGUCUGAGUCUACAAUACGGUCACACGGCUUUAACACCUCGAGACUCAGCGAGAAUAAAGAAAAUGUGCGAGAACAUAACAUCGUCCUUCACGCUCAUAUUGACCGAACUGAACAAGCAGAAACAAAAGAGAAAGUUCCCAAGCUCAAUGUCACAACAUGCAGGUCUGAUGAUCCGACAUGUGAUACACGCGGACUAUAAGGUAGAAAAUCAUCCUGUUGGCGGUGUCACAGUUAGUACCCCAGAAAUACACAACUACGUCAAACUGAAGUCGUUAUUGAAGAACGCUCAAGAUAUAGCGGUAUCUGACUCAAUCACGAUAAAACCAAACUUUGACCAGUCACGACUGACAGCACUGUUGAGGUGCAGAUCGAAAUAUUCUGGCUCUCCCAACAUGAGCACUUUUUCAAAUCCUUUGGCAUGUUAUCUAAGAAUGUUGGAAGAAAAA